UCCUUAAGAUCAGAGAGCCUAAUGGAGCCUUCUGAGCAACCUAAUCAGAUUAGCAAAGAUAACUUUUUAGAAGUUCCUAAUUUGUCUGAUUCUCUUUCUGAAGAUGAGGAUGUUAAAACUACCUUCAAACCCGGUUACUCCCCUCAGCCUAGUAGACGUGGCUCUGAUUCUUCUGAAGAUAUGUACCUGGACACCCCAUCUUCAGGUCUGAGAAGAGUUUCCUUUGCUGACACCUUUGGAUUCAAUCUUGUAUCUGUUAAAGAAUUUGAUUGCUGGGAAUUACCAAGUUCUUCAACCAACUUUGACUUAAGGACAAGCAUUUUCCACGCAGAAGAAUAUGUUUUCUGUCCCAUGUUUGACCUGCCUUCUUCAAAAGAAGACCUUAUGCAACAACUUCAAGGACAGAAAGCAAUUCUGGAAGCAACAGAGUUUGCCCCUGGGUCUACAAGUAUGAAAGGAAUCAUUCGAGUUCUGAAUAUUUCUUUUGAGAAGUUAGUAUAUGUGAGAAUGUCCUUAGAUGACUGGCAGACACACUAUGACAUCUUAGCUGAAUAUGUCCCUAAUUCAUGUGAUGGGGAAACUGACCAGUUCACGUUUAAGAUUUCCUUAGUCCCUCCAUAUCAAAAAGAUGGCAGUAGAGUUGAGUUUUGUAUACGUUACGAAACUUCUGUUGGAACAUUUUGGUCAAAUAAUAAUGGUGUAAAUUAUACUUUGGUUUGUCAAAAGAAAGAACAAGAGCCGGAACCUGUAAAACCACUGGAAGAAGCACCUAGUAGACAAAUCAAAGGCUGCUUAAAGGUUAAGUCCAGUAAAGAAGAAUCAUCCGUGGCACCAAAAGGGAUUAACUUUGAAAACCCAAAGACUCCAGAGAGUUGUGUCCCAACAAUUGUUUGUUCUUCGGAGGACAAGGAAGACCUGGGAGGCAGUCGUCAGAAUGUAAAAGAUGUCAACAGAGAGCAUGACGAACGUAAUGAAACAGAAUUGGAGUUGAUGAUAAAUGAACACUUAAUACAAAGUAGAAGUGCUUCCACCAGAGGUGAAAAGAAUACAUUUUCAACAGACCCAAUCAAUUUAUCAAAUCAAGCUGAGGGAUCAGUGAAGAACAUCUACAGUGGAAUGUGCACUGACUCGUUCCUGAGGGCUUUGUCCCCAAGCGCAUCUGCAGAAAGCUCCUUAAAGCGAGAUUUUUGCCACGAUGAAAAGUCUUCCAGAGGAAACGAGUGUGGUUAUAAACUUUCGGAGGAAAUUACGUCAGGUAUGGAAGAAAUCAAGUCAUCUUGGGAAGAUGCUAGUGGUGGUGAAUUAAAGCCAUCAUGUACUGGCAGCAAGGAAGAAUUGGAUGAUAAUGCGAAUCCAGCCCAUGAGAGGGGCGCAGGAUGCGUAGCCUGCCCUUUCUCAGAGCAACGAAUGGCAGGCAGCCUUCAGAAAAAACAUAAAGGAAGCGAUAAGAAAACGGAAACAAAAGCCAGGGAAAGCUUAAGGAGAGAUUUAUAUUCCGAUGAAUCUGUGUAUGCAGAAGAACCCACAGUGAAAGAAUCUUCCAAAAAAGAUGAUGGCCGGAGUGAGGGCGAGGGCGAGGAAAGAGCAGGUUUGUAUCUUCAUGAAAGAGGAAACAGCUUUCAGUCAAUCUUUCAUGGCCCCCAAAGGAAGACAGGCUUCCUGGAAGCGAGUAUGGGGGUGACGGGAGCUAGUAACCCAGAGCCAACUACUCUGUCAAGCAAAGAGACCACAAUUCCCAGCCAGGAGGUGGAUACGGUUAGCUCACCAAGGACAUAUUUAAGCUGGGAAAAAGUCGUGUUUACAGCCCCAGAGCAUGACGUCACCACCAGCGUAGGCACCCCUUUGGGAGGCAUCCCCGGAAAGGUUUCUUCACCAAGAAAUGGAAAUUCUUUGAAGAAUGAUUCUCCUUUCCACGUUGAGGAAGAAAAAUCAGAUUGCGUUAAUCCUGAAGAUCAGAAUAAGAACAUACAGCAUAAACACAAUUGGAAUGUUCUGGAAAGUCAGGGCGAUGCAAGAGGGAGUCAGACAAAUGUAACAGAGCAGACCAAAGGCCAAGCGCCUGGUGAGGACACGUGGGGAAAACGAGAUAACACAAAGUACUUGAAAGGUACCCCUCCGGAAGACUGGUUUACCUGCCAAGACUCAGGGAGCUGUGAACUGUCUUCUCUAACUGAUCUCAGUACUUCCGAGAAAGCAGGUACGGCUUAUAUAAUUAAGACCACAUCAGAAAUUCUUCUAGAAAGCAUGUCUGUUAGAGAAAAAGCAAUAAUUGCUAAGCUACCUCAAGAGACAGCACGAAGUGACAGGCCCAUCGAGGAAAAGGAGGCGGCGUUUGAUCCACAUGAAGGGGGGAAUGAUGAUUCACAUUAUACCCUUUGUCAACGAGGUACUGUAGGUGUAAUCUAUGACAAUGAUUUUGAAAAGAAAUCACAUUUAGGUGUUUGUAAUGUACAUGGAGAUGAAACGGAGAAGGAAGAAACCACGUCUGAGUACAAUCCUGGGAAGACACGCGACAGGGGGAAAAGAGGCAUUGGAAAUAUCACACCCGUAGAAGAAUUCUCACAGGUCAUUACAGGGCACCGUAAAACAGCUUCGAAACUAGAUUUACAUUUGAAAAUGUUGCCAACAGAUGAAAAAAUAUUUUCAGAAAAUAGAGAUCAUGGGCAUGUCCAAGAAUUAUCAAUGAAAACAGAUUUCCAUUCGACUCCUUCGGCUUUUAACUCAGGCACUAACAGAGCUUCUCAGAAUGGUUCUCACAUUUCCAAUCACCAUGUUACAACUUCAAUGCCAUCUUACGAACAGGCAACUGGCGUAGAGAAUCCAAUUGCUACCAUGACUAGCCAAUCUAUUUCUACCGAAUCAGACUAUAAUUGCAAACCGACAAGUGAAAUCCAGGGUAGUGAAAAGUACGCACAACCUGAGGGAAAUUUUAACAAGUUGGGAGUAGUGUCAUCCAGUAGUCGGAAAGAAAUAUGUGUAGACCAGAGAGAAGGCAGUGCAGAAAAAUCUCUAGGGCCAGUGAUAUUAAUCAGCGAACCUAUGGAAAGCAUGGAAGAGGCCAGAUGUGGACAUGAAGGAUCACAAAAGUCUGGACAAUCAUUAGCCUCUUCAGGUGACAAGGAAUGUAACAAUAUUGCCUCUCUUAGUGUCCCAUCCCAAGAAGAUCACGCUCAAAGCAGUGAAUCUCUGCUUUCAAAAUAUACCAACUCUAAAAUAGCUUAUAUUCUUUUGUUUCUGGUAUUUCUUGUUUCCAUCUACCACUUUGACCUAAUAACUGGCUUGGCAUUCUACCUUUUAUCGUUGUACUGGCUUUACUGGAAAGGGGAGAGACAAAAGGAGUCUGUCAAAAAGAAGUAACCCUGGUGAUAUUACCAGUCUCUCUUAAAAUGAAGGCUAUUCAGCCCCAAACAUUUGGACUGGUGAAAGAGACUAUUCAUUGUUCAAGGAGCGAGUGCAGUUUCUCUCGAAGGAUCAUUUAAAAAGGAAUGCGUAUGAAGUUUGCUCCUUCAUAUAAGUAAUUAUUCUAUAUAGGACCAUUAUGUUUGGAUCAUUAAAUACCUAUAUGAAUAUGAGAUCUGAAGCACGUCAAGUUGAAAUUAGGUACAGCUGUUGCUCCUUAGCAGGUUAUGAAGUUGCAAUGCUUCACGUCUCUUCACUACUUAAAGUGCCAUUUCUUGCAUCCAUUUCUUUUGCAGUAAAGCUUCAUUUUUUCCCCCGAGAGUAUUUUUCCCCUUCCAGUUUUUAAAAAUAGAUAAAACAUGGACAAUGCCAGGAGGGCUUUUUUUGUCUUUAGUAUUGAACAUGGACUGUACAUUUACCCCUGGAUCAUUUAUCAUCACAUUUUGGUAGAUCAAAUCUUUCACCUUGCAUUUCAUAUGUCUAAGAGCAACACUCCUGAACAUUGAAAAGCGUAAACUUAAGCAGAAGAAACACAACAUGUUUGCAUGGAAUAGUGCUUUAUACACACAUCCUUUGUAUUUCCUCUUCACCUAACGCAACAGAGCCUCACGAGGCAAAUCUGACCAUGACUGAGACAAUUGCAAGAUUAUCCUUUGAUUCUGCACCGUUUUGUGGGCUGCCUGUCUUUUAGAAAUAGUUCUCCCUUAUAAAAGGAUACUGCUAACCCCGCUGAUCAGUUUCAAAGUCAACUAUUUUUAGGAAUUGAAGCUUAAAGGCAAAGCCCCACACGCAUUGCUUCAGAUUUUGCAACCAUAAAACAUACAGUAUUAUGUUUUACAGUUACAAAACUUAACCUUCUAAAUAAACCCUAUCAUACAUAUUUGCAGCAAGAUAAUAAUAAAAGAGGUUUACAAAUGAA